UCCGGUCUCUCCGGUGACCCGCUCCCCGCAGCUUCAGGUUACCUCUCCGGCUGGAUGUCCGCCUCCCGCAGCCGCUGAGCCGGGCAGCAGGUCCUCCUCUCUCCCCCCGCGGCUCGUCGGACUCCGGCGAGAAAUGACUUUGGCGUCGAACGUCUGACGGAGUUUCUUUCGCUCGUCGUUUCUCUCGCUGGAAGUGAACCGCUGACCCGUCACCAUGAGGAGCAGGAGCAACUCGGGAGUCAAACUGGACAACUAUGCCCGGACCGUGCAGCAGACGAUCCUGCGGCACCAAGACCCGGUGACAGGCCUCCUCCCGGGCAGCCCGGACCAGCCGGACGCCUGGGUCAGAGACAAUGUUUACAGCAUCGUGUCGGUGUGGGCCCUCAGCCUGGCCUACAGGAAGAACGCCGACAGGGACGAAGACAAGGCCAAGGCCUACGAGCUGGAGCAGAGCGUGGUGAAGCUCAUGAGGGGAGUCCUGCAGUGCAUCAUGAGACAGCUGGACAAGGUGGAGAAGUUCAAGUACAGCCGCAGCACCUCGGACUCGCUGCACGCCAAGUACAACACCCGGACCUGCGCUCCCGUGGUGGGAGACGACCAGUGGGGUCACCUCCAGGUCGACGCCACCUCGCUCUUCCUCUUCUACCUCGCUCAGAUGACCGCGUCAGGUCUACAUAUCAUCUACACCCAGGAUGAAGUGGAUGUAGUUCAGAAUCUCAUGUUUUACAUUGAGGCAGCUUACAAAGUGGCUGAUUAUGGGAUGUGGGAGCGAGGGGACAAAACCAACCAGGGGAUCACCGAGAUUAAUGCCAGCUCCAUCGGCAUGGCCAAGGCAGCUCUGGAGGCGCUGGAUGAGCUCAACCUGUUCGGAGCCAAAGGAGGGCCGGGCUCCGUGGUCCACGCGCUGGCCGACGACAUCCAGCACUGCCAGUCCAUCCUGACGUCCAUGCUUCCCAGAGCGUCCAUCUCCAAGGAGGUGGACGCCGGCGUCCUGUCCAUCAUCUCGUACCCCGCCUUCGCCGUGGAGGACAUGAGCAUCGUCAACAGGACCAAGGAGGAGAUCAUCUCCAAACUGCAGGGUCGGUACGGAUGCAUCAGGUUUCUCAGAGAUGGACACAAAACACCUAAAGAGGACCCGAACCGACUCUAUUACGAGUCUGCAGAGCUGAAGCUGUUUGAGAACAUCGAGUGCGAGUGGCCGCUGUUCUGGACCUACCUCAUCCUGGACGGCAUUUUCAUCAACAGCCCCGAGCAGGUGCAGGAGUAUCAGGAGGCGUUGGAAAGCAUCCUGAUCAAACAGACGGACGGGAUCCGACUGCUGCCGGAGCUCUACAGCGUUCCCCCGGAAAAGGUGGAGGAGGAGUACGUGAACCCUCACUCUGUGGAGAGGGUUGCUCUGGGCAAGCUGCCGCUGAAAUGGGGACAGUCCCUGUACGUCCUGGGGAACCUUCUGGCCGAAGGGUUUCUGGCCCCCGGAGAGAUCGACCCGCUCAACCGCCGUUUCUCCACCAUCCCCAAACCGGAUGUGGUGGUUCAGGUCUCCAUCCUGGCCGAGACGGAGGAGAUCAAAGCGCUGCUGCUGAAGAACGGCAUCGAUGUGGAGACGGUGGCAGACAUCCAUCCCAUCCACGUGCAGCCGUCCAGAGUCCUGAGCCACAUCUACGCUCGACUCGGCCGAAACCCCAGACUGGGUCUGACCGGACGACCCUACAGGAGGAUCGGCGUGCUGGGAACGGCCAAGUUCUACAUCAUCAGGAACACCAUCUUCUCAUUCACACCUCAGUUCAUCGACCACCAGCAGUUCUACUUGGCGUUGGACAACAAGAUGAUCGUGGAGAUGCUGAGGACGGAGAUCGCCUACCUGGCCUCCAGGUGGAGGAUGACCGGACGGCCCACCGUCACGUUCCCCAUCUCUCAGACCAUGCUGACUGAAGAUCACUCAAACCUGGAUCCUGCAGUCGUGGCCACACUGAAGAAGUUACAGGAUGGAUAUUAUGGGGGGGCAAGGAUCCAGACGGGGAAACUGUCAGAGUUCCUGACGACGUCCUGCUGCGCUCACCUCAGCUUCCUGGACGGUAAGGCUUCUGGCAGCAUGGGCCGCCGCGACGACAAGUUUGGCUGUGAUGAUGAGGGUGACGGCGAUGGAUACGUGCAUGAGUUACGGAAUGACGAUGAGGCCGACGACCUCGCAACGUACCUGGACCACCUGUUGGCCCACUCGGCCCCGAAGAAGCCCAAGCCUGCGGUGGGCGGCCUGGGCAGGUUCAAGGCGGUGGCCGCCAAAACCCGGGACAUGGUGUCUCUGAAGAACAAGGCCCAGGACCUCAACGUGCACAAUGUCAACAUGUACCUGCCGAACAAGCUGUUCCGUUCCCCUCAGCCGUCACUCAACCUCACCGAUUCCACCGCGUCGCAUGAAGCUCCCAGUGUGCCGGUCACCGUGACGACGGAGAGCGUCAUCCCCAGAGACGCCAGCGGCGCCAUUGACCACGCCGCUCUGGCCCUGCUCCUGAGGGACACGCAGAACCUGCAGGACCAGGCCGACAUCCUCUACAUCCUGUUCAAAGACAAAGGGAUGGACUGGGACACCCGUCUGAACGGUAAAGGCACCACCGUGAGGUCCCUGCUCACCGACCUGUACGAGAAGGCGGGCGAGCUCAAACACUGGAGCCUCAUCAGGAUGAUCUCCGGCAUGCUGAAGAAGAAGGUGGAGGAGCUCGACUCGGCCUGCUCUGACCUGCUGGCCCACCAGAAGCACCUGACCGUGGGCCUCCCCUCGGAGCCCAGAGAGAAGACCAUCACCGCCCCGAUCCCGCCGGACCAGCUGGCCGCUCUGAUCGACGAGGCCAGCGACGGCAACAUCAGCGUGGCCAUCCUCACCCAGGAGAUCAUGGUUUACCUGGCCAUGAGCAUCCGGACGCAGCCCAGCCUGUUCAGCGAGAUGUUCAGGCUGCGGAUCGGGCUCAUCAUCCAGGUGAUGGCCACCGAGCUGGCUCAGUCCCUCAACUGCUCAGGAGAGGAGGCCACGGAGAGCCUGAUGAGUCUGGCUCCGUCUGAGCUGAAGAGUCUGCUCCACCACAUCCUCAGUGGGAAGGAGUUCGGAGUGCAGCGCAGCGUGCGAGAGCUGGAUGCCGGUGUGAGUCCGGCCAUCUCCAUCCAUCAUCUGGGCCACACCGGCGCCACGAAGAGCGAGCGGGCCGGCAUCAGCAAACUGAAGAGCGACAUGAAGCUGGAGCCCCGGCUGUCUCUGACAGAGCCAGCUUCACAGGCGGCCCACAGGGUGUCUUUGACUGACUCAGUUAAGCAGAUGCAGAAGAAUCACAGGUUGUCUCUGCCGCAGCUGGUCAGAGUGAUGAUGCUCGACCAGUCCCUGAGCUUCUUUCGGAAGGGUGCACGAUCACAGUCCCUGGACAUUGAAAACAUCGAAUCUGGGAGGUACAGACUUCCCUCCAUAGAGUCCCUGGACAUUCCGGACAGCAUUCCGGCUGCCAAGGACACGAGACACGGCCAGUGGCUGCGCAGGAGGCGUCUGGACGGAGCGCUGAACCGAGUUCCCGUCGGAUUCUACCAGAAAGUCUGGAAGAUCCUGCAGAAGUGCCACGGUCUGUCCAUCGAGGGCUUCGUUCUUCCCUCUUCCACCACUCAGGAGAUGACUCCGGGUGAGAUCAAAUUCUCGGUGCACGUGGAGACGGUGUUGAACCGCGUCCCGCAGCCGGAGUACCGGCAGCUGCUGGUGGAGGCCAUCCUGGUGCUCACCAUGCUGGCCGACGUGGAGAUCCACAGCAUCGGCUCCAUCAUCCACGUGGAGAAGAUCGUCCACCUGGCCAACGACAUGUUCUACAAGGAUCAGAAGGACCUGGGAGCGGAGGAGCACAUCCUGGAGAGGGACCCGUCCACCGGCGUGUGCAGGCUGCUGUACGACAGCGCCCCCAGCGGCCGCUUCGGCAGCAUGACCUACCUCACCAAGGCCGUGGCGGCGUACGUGCAGGACUUCCUGCCCAGCGGCUCGUGCGCGGUGCAGUGAGACGACGCUACAAAAAAACUCCACCCACAGUUUUCUUUUGUUCUUUGACAGUUUUAGAGUGAGAUCGACCUAACUCCCUGACACCGAUCAACGAUUAACUCGCCGUGUUUCAGGUUCACUGUGCAAACUCUCCUCCGGUCAAGAAACGUUGGUCUGGAAAAUUUGGAAAAAAAAUAGUUCAUGUCAAUCCACAUACUGGGCUCUCCCACUCAUCCCACAAAUGCAUGUGUCUUAAAAAUUAAAGGCAAAAUAAUUUACUAAAAUCAAAACAUCAAAAUAGUUUUUGUGCAAAGUUCCGAUCUGGGACAGUCACGUUGUUACAAAGCACUUACAGAAGAGGAUUAUGGGUACUAAUGUCUUGAAAGUAACUGACUGCAGGUCUUUAAUUUAGGUUUACUAAGUGCAUUUUUGCAUGAUUGUCUAGUUUUUCACCUUGAAAUGUUUUUCAUGCAGCAGGAUUUACAGGAUGGAUGGAAGUGAUUUAGCAAUAAAAUGAUUGUAUUUCCUCGAGCUGAUGGAAUGAUUUCUGAGCUCAGCACCAGGUUACAAGACGGACACUUUAAUCUUUAGCAGCUUCUUCUCGUCCUUUCUGGAGAAACUCAACUUGAUGACCCACAAAAACAAUAAAUCUGAGGAAAAAAGGCACAAAUACAGAACAUUUUUACUAAACUGGACUCUGCAGCUAAUGUGACUCAAACUGUGGUGCAUUUUUUUUUCUUUUUAAUGUCUCAGUUUUACCUGUGGAUGGAUUCACUACCCUGGAAUAACGAAGCAUUUUUAUUUUGAGUAUAAACAGACGGUUGUUGUUAUGAGAAACGGUUGAUCGAUUAAACUCAGAGGGUUUAUCAGAGAACUAUAAACCACUAUUGUGAGUUUAUGACUGCAGUGAAACUUCAAUCCUCGUGUGUUAUGGGAGAAAAAGGAGGGAAAGAUAUUAAAGUUUGACCCGAAUGGCCUCAUAAUUCAAGUUUACAGCCAAAUAAUCUCGUAUUUCUGCCUCGGUCUCUACUUUUGUCACCUUUAAUACGUCUAACUCGUCCUUUAUUUAUUACCGCCACGGUCCGGAUGUCGCUCGCCCGUCCAGACGCCUGCAGUCCUGUCAUGUAUAAAGUACUGAUAAAUAGAAAACAUCUAUUUAUUUUCUAGUUCUUAACAGAGAAUUAAACACAGGUGAAAUAGAGCUAAGCUGCCUUAACGUUGAUGCACUUCUAAAAACUUCAGAGUGAAGCAGAACAGAUAUUUCUUUUUCCUUUUUUUUUCAACGUGAAGCAUUUACUGCAUGCUGUGUUUGUGCACAAGUUGCUCUUGAAGGUGAUGCAGUGAAGUUUGGUUACUGUGUGCAAUCCACGUCUCUGUUCUGUCAAAGUGCCUUCGUUUCAUUUUUGUUCCUGUUAGUGCAGGUUGUAAUUUUUUGUUGGUUUUUUUUGCACAGUUGCAGUAAAACUCAUGUCUGUUUA